AUGGAUAGCCGCGAGUCUGAUACAAUACGUGAAAGAACAUCUGAAAACAAACAAAUCCCUGAUUCUCCAACUAUGAGAAAAAUUGAGCCCCCCCAGUACUUUUUCGGUGAUGAAAAAAAGCGUCUGGAGUGGUAUAGGAAGCAUCGACCAAAUCAGACACAUGAGCUACUUCCAAAUGGUUACUCUUUUCCAAUUGCCCUAACAAUAGCCAAUGAUAAACCCUGCUCGACAGCAGACCAGAAGGUACUGGACGAAGCUAAGGUUUUGAAGAGUACUAAUACUAUGAAAGGGGAGAAACGGAAGCUGAAGAUAGAAGUUGCAUAUAUAGAUAAGACGAAUGAUGACAAGAACUUUCAUCGAAACAACGAAGCAAAAGUAACAAACGGUUCAGACGAAACCACAAAAAAAUUGCCAACAGAUAACAAAAAACUAAGUGAUCCCGGAGCAUCAGCUACCACAAUCUUGGAGUUUAAAAAGAGGAAUGAGUAA